ACAUGCGGCUGGAAGCGCGUCUGCUCGUUCGUCCGUUGGUUGUUCUUUCGUUCGUUCCUUGCUGCUGGAUAAGCUAUUCCCCUUUGGACGGAAUUGAGACCGUCGUCUCGACUCAGGCCGGUUCCGUGUCUAUGUGUGGAAGUAUUUAUCGCCGGUGAAGUCCGCCGCAAGCUGGAUAGCGACCAAAGAAAGUGGAAUAGUGAAAUCUCUCCGGGCGAGCUGGUGAAGCGACAGAGCGACCCGACGGAGUGGAGUCUGUGACCGAUUCGUGUCGAGCCCACGCAACGCAGACGAGAUGAUUCGCGGUGUGGAACUAGCCCAGUACCGGAACAAUAUUCGGCAAUGGAGGAACAAAAAGGAGAUGCAGGUGGCGCAGAUGAUGGCCCAGCUGCAAUGCGUUCUGCGAGUAGCGUUCGUAAUUGUCAACAACAUCUACUGUAUUCCAACAUACCUAAUCUGGAUGUGGGCCUUCAUGCUCCCGAUACGAGACACGCGACUGUAUAUCUGGGCUGAGAAAAUCCUCUACAAGAAUUUGCUACUCAUGGUUGGCUACUGGAGUUUUUCAGCCGGGUACAAGAUUCACGAGGUCGGGGAUGAUAUCGAAGACCUUUAUGACAAACGCACGCUACUCAUCGCUAACCACCAAAGUACGGGCGACGUCCCGCUCCUUAUGGCGUCCUUCCAGGUGAAGAAGUAUGUCUGUGAUAAUGUGAUGUGGGUUAUGGACGCGAUGUUCAAGUACACAAACUUUGGUUUUGUCUCAAUGACACACGGGGAUUUCUUCAUUACUCAAGGCAAAGACACUCGACAAUCCCAGCUUGAUACUUUCAAACAACACCUCCUCGAGGUUUAUCUACCCCGACAACUCCAAUGGAUGGUGAUUUUCCCAGAAGGAGGCUUCCUCAGCAAGCGUCUGGAAAGCAGCCAGCGCUUCGCUUCGAAAAACGGCUUCCCUAAACUCGACAAUGUAACACUGCCUCGUGUUGGAGCCGCUAAGCUGGCUUUGGAUAUAUUGACGGACAAAGAGUAUCUCAAGGGUCAAGCUCCCAUGGAGUACCUGGUCGACUUGACAAUCGGAUACCCCGGGGCUCCCUUGAGACCCCUCGACAUCUUGGCUAUCGUGACGGGUUACAGAAAACCCCAUUCAGUCUACUUCCAUUAUCGAAAAUUCGCUCUGAAGGACGUUCCCUUCGAUGACUCAGAUAAGCUGACGACGUGGAUGUAUGAGCGGUGGGUUGAGAAAGAGCAGCUGCUGAAACACUUCUACGAGCACGGGCAGUUUCCGAGCUCGCAAACCGAGGACGAGCCCUCGAUCACAACGACUCCGGAUGCUGAACAAAGACGAUCGCAAGAAACUCGGAUAGAACGGCCUCGGAUCGUUCAACUAAACCAUGCAUGGGUAUUUUUCGUGAACAUUUUGUGGAUUCUGUCCUCACUGUUCCACCUGGCACUGUUCCGAUCGGCGAAAGCAUACUUCUUCGAAUGAAUGGUGAAAGAAGCGAACAAGAAUUUUCCUUAGCGUGGAGAACGGUCCUCCCGAAUGAAAACGAUGAUACUUGAGAUUUUCAAAGAACAAUUCACGGUUAGUCCCGCUGUGAUAGUCGAGCAUUGGAGUUACAAAGCUGUUCGAAUCGAAGAACGGAAUGGAUCAAAACUUCCAAGACUUAGCUUGACGUCGUAAACUCAUUUCCUGAGCCGAGCACGAGCAAGAAGGCAAGCGCGUAGAGCGAAAGAGAGGGAAAUAUUGAGAAGAGACUUCGACGAGGCCAGGAUCGAUAUCCCGAUUUUCUUCGGUCUUAGUGAUAAGGAGUUUGCAUUGUGCUUCUGCUCCUCCCAGAUUAUUGAGUUCAGAUUUCGGGCGGUAGACAAGUUUGUGAUCGACGAGAAUGCAUGGGUUCCCCUAGGAGGUGCGUGAUCGCGGGUUGGCAUUCUUCUCAUGUCUGAUGAUAUUUAACCGACCUACGGUUCGCAUACCGCGAGAGCUUCCAUUCGGGAGAGGCGAUCCGCGUCACACACAACGUGAAAGAGAACAGAUCAAUUUUGGUAUGACGCGCUCUAUAUUUCGAGUCGAAUGGUCUUUUCGAUAGCUCAAGUCGAAGAUGCAGCAGAGAGAUU